CUGCGCAGCCUGAACUGAGUGGCACGGCCCCGCUGAGAUCUGUGCCAAUCUGAACUGGAGUCAGUCAGCUGGAUCAUGUCACUCCCAGUCUUUCUAAUAGUACAGGAAGAAAGUCACAGAUGAAUACCAGAUCAAUUCAGUAAAAUCCUCUCUCUGCUCGCUGUUGUACUGGCAAAACUCCUUUAGAAUGACGAAACACAACAUGAUGUUGGAAAAUAAACUGAUCGAGGAUGACUGCCAUCUAAAAUGCAAGCAAUACCUCAUCAGUUUGUUUGGGGAAUCAACCGCAGAGUAUUUCCUCAGCCCUUCCUCUUGUUCAAAGGAAAUACCCUCUUGGUUUUCACAGCUAAAAGACGACAUGAAAGAUCACACAAGUGCCAUUUCCUUAUGGGAUGCUAUGAGACAACGCUCUACACAGAUACUGCAAGAAUCAAACAAAGAGCCCUCGAUGGUGAAUACUAAUGAGAUUGUGAGAAGGGUGACAGACUGGAAGACACUCAAGAAACAGGAUCAUCUGAUGCACCUAUCAGGAGUAAAAUACAUGUUCCGCUGUGCUAAGCGUAACCAGGCCAUCUCUGCCCUCCUUCUAAAACAUAACCCUCUUUUUAACUAUGGGAUAAAUAAUGGACUGAACUGAUCUUGUCCAUAUAGCAGAAUCAACCAAAAUGAGUACAUGGAGAGGUGAAACAGCAACAGAAGGGGACUGUGGAAAUCAGGGAUGUCUCAGAUCAGCGAAACAUUUAGGACACAGGAAAACUAACAUAAGUACACAUUUUUUCCAGCACUUGUAUUGUUCUGUUGCCCCAUUUAAGACUUGCACAGGCUUGAGAAAUGAGUCAGUUAAAGUGGUGCACUGUGAUAGGCAUUUGUACUUGCCAUUCAAUACCAUCAGGAGGCAGCAGAUUGUAAAUUUGGCCUGUAGUCUCACUACUGAAAUAAUUCUUAUUUUCUAGGUCAGUAGUUUUCUGUUUUUUUUUUUUUGCUCAAGGAUCCAGAUUGUACUAACCCAACACAAUAUUAAAAAAUAA